UUGGCAGAUACUUUGGCUGUUAGACCUCAGCUUCAACAAUGUGCCUGGCACAUGCUGGCCUUCAGAGAGGGCCAUGCCCCUGUGCCCCAUAUCAAUUUGAAUGAUGAUGGCAAUCAGUACAGUAUCCUGUUUGUCCUUGGCAACUUCACCACUGCCUAUUUGGUCCUCCCUCAGCUAGGGAUUCAGAUCCCACUUCAUCCAGGCCAGUUGCUGUUUAUCAACACCAGGCACUUGGCACAUCACACCACAUACUUUAGGGGAACUAGGUAUGUGUUUUCUGGCCUUAUGGAUGCCAAUCUUUGCAAAGAUUAUAGAAAGACAGUAGCUUAG